CCUGGUUGACAUGCAGUUGCUGUGCAGCGUGUGAGAGCAGAAGCUGCUCCAGCUCCAGGUCUGUUAACAGUGAGGCUGCAGCAGGACCCACGGUCAGCAGCGCUGUUGAGGCGGAAAAUCAUCUGCGCUUCGGUUGUUCACCACAGCAACAUUCGCACCGCAGUUUCCUCUCAGCGUCCAUCAGAAAGAAUAACAGCAGCGCGAGGGGGAAUACAACAGGGCUUUCUGCCGGACCGUGGGAAGUUUGUUGGCGGAGUUUCGAGAGUAGUUUCUGAGUGAGUUAGGCGAGUUGGCCAGCCUCACUGCUGCCCGCAGCUCUUCCUCCCCUGACCCGGUCACAGUAAGUUCGCCCGCUGUCCUGCUCCCUCUCUCCAGCUGUGGUGAAAUCAUGGCGCUCAGAGCCAAGGCGCUGUACGACUUCAGCUCUGAAAACCCCGGAGAGGUGUCCGUGAAGGAGAACGAGAUAGUAACUUUGUACAGUGAGCAGGACGUCGAGGGCUGGUUAGAAGGAGAGAACAGCAAAGGGGAGCGGGGUCUGUUCCCUGCGUCCUACGUGGAAAUCCUCAGGAACGACGCCGCCUCCACCUUCAACAACAACAGCUGCAGCACAUCUGGGGACAGUUACCCGGACUCCAGAUACUCCAACAUCCCUCCAGGAGGCUUCGACGCAUUUGAUGCUGCGAAUAAAACGGAGAACUUUCCCAAAGCUUCUCCUCCUUCUCUCAGCACAUUCACUGCUCCGGCACAACAGCAGAAUCGGCAGCAUCCACAGCAGCAGAACACGUACCAGGCACCGGUUCAGAUGAGCGAUGAUGACUGGGACGACGACUGGGACGACAACUCCACUGUAGCAGAUGAGCCUGGAAGUGUUGGGGGACGGUAUCGUGACUUUGACGCCAACGGUCCGUCCACUUACAGAGUGUCAACGUCUUCAAUGUCCAGAGGGAACUCUCAGCAGCCCAAGAGCUCGGCCACAGUCAGCAGAAACCUGAACAGGUUCUCCACCUUCGUCAAGUCAGGAGGAGAGGCGUUUGUGCUGGGAGAGGCAGCAGGGUUCGUGAAGGACGGUGAUAAGAUCUGUGUGGUCAUAAAUCAAUAUGGACCAGAGUGGCAGGAGAACCCAUAUCCCUUUACCUGUACCAUCGAUGACCCCACCAAACAGACCAAGUUCAAAGGCAUGAAGAGCUACAUCUCCUACAAGCUGACACCCACCCACACGCAAAACCAGGUGAACAGGAGGUAUAAGCACUUCGACUGGCUUUAUGCCCGGCUGGUGGAGAAGUUCCCCGUCAUUUCAGUGCCACACAUCCCCGAGAAGCAGGCUACGGGUCGCUUCGAGGAGGACUUCAUUUCCAAAAGGCGGAAAGGCCUCGUAUGGUGGAUGAACCACAUGACCAGUCACCCGGUUCUGUCCAAGUGUGAUGUUUUCCAGCACUUCCUCGCCUGCACUGACGAGAAAGCCUGGAAGCAAGGUAAGAGGAAGGCAGAGAAGGACGAGAUGGUUGGGGCUAACUUCUUCCUCACCAUCAGCACCCCUGCAGCUCCACUGGACUUCCAGGAGGUGGAGAGCAAAAUUGACGGCUUCAAGACUUUCACCAAGAAGAUGGACGACAGCACCCUGCAGCUCAAUGCCACGGUCAAUGAGUUUGCCCGCAAGCAGAUCAGUGGUUUUAGGAAGGAGUAUCAUAAAGUGGGCAUCUCUUUCAAGGUCCUCAGCCAGGCCUUUGAAAUGGACCAGCAGGUGUAUUCUGCAGGACUUAACCAGGCGAUCGCCUUCACUGGAGACGCGUAUGAAGCCAUUGGAGAGUGUUUUGCUGAGCAGCCCAGUAAGGAUCUGGACCCUAUCAUGGAUUUGAUCGCUCUUUACCAAGGACACCUGGCAAACUACCCAGACAUCAUCCAUGUCCAGAAAGGAGCCCUGACCAAGGUGAAGGAGAGCCAGAAGCACGUGGAGGAGGGGAAGAUGGACCCGUCGCAGGCCGAAGGCAUCAACGAGCGCUGCAACAUCAUCUCCUGUGCCACCAUGGCUGAGAUCCAGCACUUCCACAAGAUCAGGGUGCGGGACUUCAAGGCCCAGAUGCAGCACUACCUCCAGCAGCAGAUCUCCUUCUUUCAGAAAAUCACUGGAAAGCUGGAGGAGGCUCUGCAGAAAUAUGACGACAAGUAAAAGUCACGCAGCCCAUCGGUUUAGACCUCGGUCACUGAUGUUCAUGCACCACUGUCAGAGUCGUCUGGUGGAGUUUUUGGGCGAACAACAGCCAGAUUCUGCUAACUUUCAGCUGAAGGCUGUUCGUCCAGCAGAGAGAAGAACUCUCCAGAAAAUCACACUCCACUUGGUCUAAACAAAACACCCAACUGGUCAAACAAAUAAAGGUGUGAUGCCUUUGAUUUUUUUAUGAAUACAUUUUACUGGUGGAUCAGCUGUGGAUUCAGUACAUGGAGUAUGAACUCAUCUUUGUUAUGACUUACUACUGAGUGAGUCGUAGAAAUCGAACCUUCAUCCCCACUGCUGUGUAUGCGAUGCUGUGGUUUUAGCCUUACUACGCAGUUUUCUUUUUAAGUGACUGAUUUCUACUCUACUCUAGGAACAGCUGGGCUCAAGUCCUGGCCAAGACUCGUGCCCUUCCUGGAAUAUCUUUCUCUUUCUGGACUGAAUGUUUACAGUUUUCUCGUUAAACCUCUGCUGUCACCUCUGUCUCGCUGUGCCUUCUGACUCUGUUUCUCUGGUCAUUUUUGUUACUAUCCACUUUACAAAAAAACUAAUCAUUGUGUUGUGAUACAUUUGUUCGACACGUUCCUGAUUGUGCUUAGACGUGCUUAGAAAAAAUGUUUGCUUUAAGUGAAGGGUUUUGUGAAGUAGUAAUUAUUAUUAUAGGGGAAAGAGGAGAAUUUCCUGUCCCGACAGCAGGAUUCGAUGCCUUACACACAGCACAGUCACCACUGGUGCUGAUUUGCAGUAUGGUUUGAUAAGUAUAACAGAUUGUCGUCUACGUACAUGAGCUAAAUGUGAAAUUGCGUCGACAAAGUGUGGCUUUUUAAUGGUUUUUUAAAGGGUAGUGUUGGUGGUGGGCAGACAGGCGCUUCUAAGUUCUGUUUUAUCAAAGCUUUGAUUUUAACAGCACACUUCCAGAAGGUUCUAAUGUACUACUGUUUGGUGAUAGUGUUGAAUCAGAAAGAGAUCUUUGUAGAGGCUGAGAUGCAAAAUAAAUUUCUCCCACAGGGAACACACGUGUGUUUUUCUUAAAAACUUCAAGGCUGUUGUUUGAGGUGUUAUUUUGGCUAACUCACCGUCCACAGCUAUUGUCUGUAUUUUCACCUCCCUUCCCUGUAAACAUACAGGAGAAGUUGGUUUAGAGAUAAGCAUUAACACAGUGGACCUCGCCAACAGACCCAACACUUGCUCUGAAUGUUGGGUUGGAAAUUAAAGCUGAGGUUUUUAUUUUAGCAAUAUUGAAACGACCAUGUUAAAAAUACCAUAUCUGACCAAAGUGAAUAUGGAAAAUAAUACCUAACAAAUAAUUGGUUUCCAAAAGUUUCCAAAAACAGAACUAUAAAAUUAUACUAUAAAUAAGUACGUAUGUAAGACUUCUUUUAGACAACACUGGUGUGUAAACUACACAAGAUAUUACAU